GCGAGAAAUCAUGCACCAAAAUAACGGAGAUUAUCGGGUCAGAGGAUCUCGUCCAUCGAGAAGUUCUGAGCACGCCGGCCCUUCUCUCCACUGCAAGAAGCCCGAAGGUUCCAUUAGAGAUACUCUUCGACUGUCUGGCAGCUUCAAAAUCUACAAAGAGCCUAUGCCGGAACUGGUAUGUGACAUACACUUGGAAAAGCUUGCGGAAAACAUCCAAAAGUAUUCGAAAAUCGAAGAAAGGAAAUACAGAGAAAACGAUAUGCAUGUGAAUGACGAUUCACAUAGUUCCGAUAGUAGACCCACAUCGGAUAAUGAAGUUAGCUCGAGCUCUGACAGAAAUAACGAUGAACCAAGUGUGCGGAGAAAGAGAAAAUCCGUCGAGAAUAUGUGUCAUGAACGAGAGCACCACGGGGAUCAUUUACAGAUGCAAGUAGCUUCAGUGAUUGCAUCGAACCUGGGACCCAUGGUGGAGAUUGUGGAAAAGAAGCUCUUGCAACACAAAAAUGCGGAAAAACUUUUGAACGAUGGCCGGGAAGUUUUCAUUAAAACGUUGGAGGAACAUAAUCAGAAAAAAGAAAAGGUUGAAAGAAAGGCGAAGCUCGUAGCAAUACCACCAAUGAAAGCUAGAAACAGGAGGUCUUCACGCAAUAGCUUGGUGUACAUAGAUGGUCCUUCUACUUCUGAAAGUCAUUCUUCAAUGGUUCAACAAGUUCCCAUCAUCGACAACAUUCCCGAAGUGCUCGAAAAUGAGACAGCUGUCUGUUCCAUUUCUAGUGAAGCAGAUCAUAAUUCGAGAGGAAUCAAAGAUAAUCAAGAAUUUGCAAUUGAAAUCAGUGGGGAAGUGUCUCGAACCGACGACAUUUGUGAUGACUUUGCCGUGUUCCUCAAAAAAUGCACAGUACUAUUGACGAAAUUUAUUGACUCCUACUAUGAUUUCCGUUCAACUAUGAAACUUAAGCCAGAAGAUGCCAUUGAGCACUGGAGUGCUGAACGUUUGACCAAAGAGGAACACGCCGCGAGGGUCACAAGAUUUGAUGUGGCGAUCGCUAGAGCGACACGUGUGCAGUAUAACAUCGAUAUCAAGCUUCUAACAAAGCAAAGUUUUGUGUUUGACGAUGAUCGUGAAGCUGCCAUUAAUAAGAGGCUCGCCCGAAUCGAGCGUUUUGUGAACGAACAACAUGAAGAAAUCAAUUGGUUUUGUUUUUCAAAUUUUUCACUCAUGGAUAUUGGAGAAACGAAGGAUAGAUAUUGUCUCGGCGAUUUUUAUGACAAGGCUAUCAGUAUGAUUCCAAAAGUGAAAGAUGUCCCGAGUGUGGUGCAACUGGCGAAAGAGUGUAAGAUGUGGUCCGCAUUUGAACGAAUUCUCAAGCAAUACAAUUUUGAGCCGCUGAAAGUUUUUGAAGAAUUGCAAAAAAUGCUUGAAAAGGAUUAUUUUCUACCGAAAGGUAAGAUCUUCUGCCAAUUCUUGCUCAAUGUCGCCCAACUGUUUUCCUAUGAUGUCGUUAAGAAUGAAUGGUCUUGCAUCAAACAAAUCGACGGGACGUUGUUUUCGGGAGUCCCAUUUGAUCGCGAUGGAAAUCUACUCCCCACUUCUCAAAAUUCGCCGACCGAAUGCUCUUCUUGAUUGUGUCAUUUUUCUCAUUUUUCCAUGUAACACAUCUAAUCAUUUCAUUUUCAUCUUACCAUUUUCAUAUUUUAAACUUGCUGCACAAUACAUUU